CCUUCCAUUCUCCAACCCCCUUUCUAACAAAACAAAACCCUAACACAAAGAAGAGACAAAAACCUGCGCUAAACCCUCACUCAUGGCUGAACCCGAAACCAACAACCACGAAGAACCCACAUUCCCCACCAAACGCAAACCCGAUCAAGAAGAAACCCAUCACCUCCCCAACAAAAACCCCAAGCUAACUUCCACCACCACCGUAGACCAAGAAACCGAACUUCCCACCACCGUCAAUUCUUCUUCCGACGCCGUUCCCAACAACGAACCCGAAAACAACACUGACGACGAUGACGAAGACGACGAGGAUGAGGAGAAUUCCGAUGAGGAGCCUGUGGUGGACAGGAAGGGAAAAGGGAUUAUGCGAGAUGACAAGGGAAAAGGGAAAAUGAUUGAAGAAGAAGACGAGGAUGAUGAUGAUAGUGACGAUAGUGAUGACAGCGAUGAUGAUUCUGACGGCAAUGUUUCUGGUAGUGACAGUGAUUUUUCUGAUGAUCCACUUGCGGAGGUUGAUUUGGAUAACAUUCUUCCCUCUAGGACUCGGCGGCGAACUGCUCAGUCUGGAGUGCGCAUUUCUGGUGGCACGCCGAAUGCUGAUUAGAUUCUACUAAGGACUCCUGACUCUGGUCUGUGCUGAAGAUUUGAGUUUGUGUAAGAAGGAUGGCGAUGUUAUCAUCUAGGGGGUUAUUUUGGCUGAAGUUACCCAACUUCCGUGUGACUUACAGUGAUUUUUGUUUUCCAUUGUGUACUAUCCAUUUUCUUUACUUUUUUUGGGAUAAUCCUCCUUUUAUGUAAAAGACUAGAAGCCUUUUCAUACUCCAAAACGUAUGUCCUGGAUGAUUUACCCACUUUAUGGAAUUUCAUUGAUAUCUGAAUUUUAUUUGCUUGGCUAUUUUGCACGAGAUAUGGAAUUUCAUUGAUA